GACGCGUCGACGACCAACGUCAUCACCGACACGACUGUCCUGCCGACCGGACUCUCUUUUCACCACAACCAUGACGACAACCUUCCGGCUGGCCAGUUUGACCCAUCCAAGCGGCCGGUAUUUCGCGUAACCGGGCGGAAAACUGCCCCAUUCCCGAGCUCGGCUGAGGCGGCAAGUAGCGUCCCAUUCCGUCUCCACCCGGGCCCGUUUGUUGCCUCUGCGAAAGCUACUACUCACACGCCCGAUGUGAGUAGUAUGCGAGGCGACAAAAAGCAUAAUAUGCUUCUGCCCAUUCUACAGUGCAGACACCUCGAGACGGCCAUUCUGUUGUGGAAGUGGUGUCCAAGUUGGCCGGCCGUGGUCUUCUGUUGGUGGUCAGAAAUGUUUACCGACGAACGUCUCGUCAGUCCAAGGUCUCGAGUCUGUCCGUGUGCGUAUGAAUGCAGCCGGCUUUCUGUAGGUACAGCCGGGCCUGAUCACCGCCACAGACCGGCCAAGUCGGCGCAGGUUCUGCCCAUGCACCCGAGCGUGUGUGCCUGGCGAGGCCUCGCGCUUGACUACGCCAAAUCUGUCCGAUCCACGAUGGAUUGCAAUUAUCUUGAAGCUGCGCAAAUCGGACCUCGAUUGUGUCCGAGACUCUCACUCAAGUUCCCGCGAGGUCGUGGCCGGCAGUCCGUUGAAUAUGAACUUUUUCCUCUUCCCCACCACACCACAACACAACACAACACACCACAACACAACACGACACACAUGCUCACAUGA